CUUUCACCAUAACUCAUCACUCAAAGCUAGUCUCAGACAAGUGACUACAAGACCGGACUAGCAACUCAACUAUCAGCCUUUAAACCUGAACCAGGGCUUCCAUAACCAUGAAUAAAAUCUUCGUCUUUUUGAUCUUGAGCAGUUUGGUAAUUGCAGGCCAGAUGACCACAUGCAAUCGGUGCUGGAAUAUCGGCUCAACCAAAUGCUGUCGCGAAAACAAGCUUCAAUGUGAUGGAUCAGGUUGCAUGACCUGGUCGGAGUACUGCAAUGUCAACGGUGUGGAGUAUGAAACAAUAAUGAAAGGCUGUUCAGUUCCAUUAUUAUGUGAUAAAUGCCUUUCUGUAACAACCAAUAGCGGCCUUCUAAUCCGAGUGGGCAAUGCAUGUGGGGAAAGAAAAGACCGCAAUGCAAAACUGAACUAUAACACCAACAUUUGUGACAGUCAGUUACAACCAAACAAUUAUAAGUGUCCAAGCUGCUUCAGAACUGACACCUCCGGAGGCUGCGAGAGCACAGGAUUUGUGGACUGCCUUGGAUUAGAAGGGCAAUGUCUGGAUUAUGGUGCAAGUGUUAUUCUGCCUGAUGGAAAACCAUUGAAUGUGUCAAUUAAAGGAUGCGUUACCAGCGGUGGUUGUGACUUAGGGCUUGCAGCAUUUCCCGGAUGCAAGGAAACGAAUAGAAAUCAUAUAACUUGUACACCUGCAAUACCAAAAGCAUAGAAUGUGGUAUAUCACUAUGCAAGAAAUGCACAUCAGACCCUAAGGAAUAAGAAAUCGAAAUAAAAGAUGAAAUGUAGAAAAAACACGCUUUGCAUAAGAACGCUGUUAUUUAAAUCCAUCACUGAAAA